ACAAGCUUUGAUGUAUUUAGAGCUUGUUCUUAGAUUAGAGGAUUUGGAGUGGACUGGUCCUUGUACUUAUUUUCUUUUCUUUAGAACAUUUUUUUGCUUAGUUAUCCACUACUAUCCUACAUUGAUUCAUUUUGAUUAAGUUGUAAUUGCUUAAAUAUAAGUCAAUAAAAGGACUACCUCCCAUUGCCAGCCUAGAGCCCCAACAGCUGUGUCUCAGAGGCAUUCUUUGGAGUGUGUGAUAGAUGCUCCAGGUGACUUUAUUCUCAAGGAUUUAUUCUAAGUAUUACAAUGAAGAUAGCUGUAAAGGUUUUCACCAUCGUCAUCAUCAUUUCAGUUGUUUGCUAUGCAGAGAAGAAAUCCUGGACAUCAGAUCCUGUCUUGGAUUUGGCACCAGAUAGUGUUGAUGACCAGUUUACAGGCUGUGAAGACGAAAUGUACAAGCUGAUUAUAAAAACGAUUUUACCAAAUGAGUUGAACUCUAAUAGAAAUUUUACAAAUGUUUGGAAUAAUUAUCAAAACAUUAGUGAUUAUUUUAAAAGAAUAAUAAAAGUCUACACAUCUAAUGAAAUUUAUUCAGAGUUCAAUAAUGCUGUAAGGUCGGGCAGAAGGAGUUAUAUCAGUAACUUCAACUAUAAGGCCUUUCAUUUCUUGCUUACACGUGCCAUACAAGUUUAUCAAGUAAAUACUACUACUACUACUGUUUUUCGCAGAACCAAUGUUACGUUUAAUAAAAAUGUUCUUCAUAAGGAAGUAAGACUUGGCGGAUUUGCAUCAACAUCACUUAAAAGUAAUAAAAUACAAUUUGGCAAUCGAUCCUGUUUUAAGAUUGAGACUUGCUAUGGUGCAAACAUAGCCAGUAUGUCUGUGUUCCCUGGGGAGGAGGAAGUGCUAAUCCCACCGUUUGAAAAAUUCAAGAUCACCAGUAUCAAUACUGGUAAAAACGAAAUGAACUGCACUGUCCUUUACACUCUACAGAGCACUGGAAAGUUAAGUUAUAUGAACUGUAAGUUACUUUAA